UCCCAAUAAUUGAAGCACCUUUACUUUUCUACCCUGUCGAUGACGAAACGGGUUGACGACGAGCGAGGGGGGCCGACUGCCUCUGUCGAGAGCAGGCCAAGUGCAUAUGCUCAAGCUGCCGAGUCAAUAAGGGAGGAUCUCAUACGUAUGGAGCGGGCGCACGCACUGGCUCCGCGCAUGGCGAAUAGCAGGGCGGCGGCGAUGGGCCCAACCACACGCCUUCUCGUCCUGUCAUUGAUCUACUUCUUGCUCGUCGCCAGCCAUGGUGCUCUCCGUGCCGACUCUCUCUCCUUCGACUUCGACUUCUCCAACCCCUCCACUUUCAAUCUCACCGACUUCACGCCUGCCGGGGACGCCGCGUUCCAUGGCAGGUUCUUCGACCUCACGAAUAACUCGUACAGGGACGGCAUCGCCUCCAGCGUCGGCCGCAUGGCGUACGCGCACCCAGUGCCGCUCCGGGACAACGCCACGGGCCAGGUGGCCAGCUUCACCACUACCUUCUCCUUCGCCAUCGACAUCACCGACAGGGACAACAAGGGCGAUGGCAUGGCCUUCUUCCUCAGCCAGUACCCGUCGGUGCUGCCGCCGAACUCAGGGGGCGGCGCCCUCGGCCUAUGUAAAAACUGUGACAACAACAAGACCGCCGGGGAGGACAGGUUCGUGGCCGUGGAGUUCGACACGUACAACAACACCUGGGACCCGAGCGCGACCUACGACCACAUGGGCAUCAACGUGAACUCGAUCGUGUCAGUUGCCAACAUCUCGUUGGAGAGCUUCAGCCUGAGCGGGCAGAUGACCGCGCGGGUGGACUACAACGGCAGCACCGGCGUAAUGAACGUCGAGCUACAGUUCCCACCCAGCCCGAGGUUCUAUGGCGCUACGCGGACCUUCAACUUUAGCGCCAAGGUGGACCUCAUGACCGUGCUGCCGGAGCAGGUGGCAAUCGGGUUCUCGGCGGCGAAUGGCGCGUCCGUUGAGUUGCACCAGUUGCUCGCUUGGUCCUUCAGCUCGGUAACUCCGGGAAGCUCAUCCAGCACAGCCACGAGUACAGGUGCUCCGCCUUCAUCGAGUUCCAGAAUCGGACUAAAAGUUGCUCUGGGAAUUACCAGCUCGGUGUCUUUAUUCCUCUGCAUAGCUGUUCUUGCUCUGCUCCGUGCAUUACGAAGAAAAAACUUGACGUUGGCUGAGAUACAACUAGAAUCAGAAGCCCGAAACAAGCUCAUGGACCAGGAAUUUGAGAAGGGCUCAGGACCCAAGCGGUUCGAGUACGGCCAACUUGCCAUUGCAACCAGAGACUUCUCUGAGGAGGAGAAGCUCGGAGAAGGUGGCUUCGGCGCAGUUUACAGAGGAUUUCUGAAAGAGCUAGACCUCCACGUUGCCAUCAAGAGAGUGUCGAGGGGUUCAGGGCAGGGGAGGAAAGAGUACACCUCUGAAGUGAAGAUCAUAAGUCGUCUGAGGCAUCGAAACCUUGUACAGCUCAUCGGAUGGUGCCACGAGGGCAGGGAGCUACUGCUUGUGUACGAACUGAUGCCUAAUGGCAGCCUCGACACCCAUCUAUACAACCCAACUGUCCUCCUAACGUGGCCAGUCAGAUUCAAGAUCGUGCUCGGGUUGGGGUCUGCGCUCCUGUACCUCCAUCAGGAUUGGGAGCAGUGUGUGGUGCACCGGGACGUCAAGCCGAGCAACAUCAUGCUGGACGCGUCGUUCGGCGCCAAGCUCGGGGACUUCGGCCUCGCGAGGCUCUUCGACCACGGCCGCGGCUCGCACACGACCAACCUCGCGGGCACCAUGGGGUACAUGGACCCGAACUGCUUCCUGACCGGCCGCGCGGAUCCGGAGUCGGACGUGUACAGCUUUGGCGUCGUGCUCCUAGAGAUCGCCUGCGGCCGCCCGCCCGUGGUGCCCGACCAGGAGGACCAGGGCAGGACGCGCCUCGUGGAGUGGGUCUGGGGCCUGUACGGACGAAGAGCCGUCCUGGAGGCCGCCGACGAGCGGAUGGGCGGCGACUUCGACGCCGAUGAGGUGGGGCACGUGCUGGUGGUCGGGCUCGCCUGCGCCCACCCGGACUGCAACCUGCGGCCAUCCAUCAGGCAGGCGAUGAGCAUGCUGCAGUGCGAGGCGACGCUGCCGACGCUUCCUGAGAAGAUGCCCACGCCGAAGUAUAUUUGACGUGAGUGUGUCCUGUCGGAUCCUCGUGGUAUAACAAUGUAUCGUGCAGGGCGUAAUUGUGUCGAAAUGAAUUGAUUCUAGAAUAAAUUGUUGUUGCGA